AUGAAAACUCAAUCAAAUUUUGCAAAAUUCAAAAAUCAAGUGGAAGAAUGUUGUGAAGAACUUUAAUAAGAAAUUGAGGUAAUUUAUUGAAAUAUUAUCUUAUUAUUAGUCAGCUUUUGGUGGAAUAAAUGUUUUUCUUGAUUCAAUUACUCUUGGUCCUUAAUCACAAAUUCUUAACAGCCCUCUUAAAUCUGCUCCAUAAAUUACUCAAUUAUCUUAUCCAUCAAUACAAACAUUUACUAAUUCAUUAGUUUAACACCUUAACCCAAUUUGCAAGUCAACUAUUAAUCAAUUAAUCAAAUAAAAGCAGCAAACCUUAGUUUAAUUGUAAUACUAAAAUACAUAAUAAUAAAAAGAAAAGGUCGAUGUUUAAUAAAAUAAUAAGCCAUUCAAUUAUAAGAUAAUACAUAAUACAUCAAUUAAAUAAAAUGAAUAUUGUUAUGCAAUAGCUAUUAAUAAAGAUAAAUCAAUUGUAUUAGCAGGAUGUGGUAAAUAAAUCAAAGUAUUGGAAUUCAAAUAAGAAUAGUUGAAACUAACUCAACUUCUAACUGAACAUUCUAAAGAUGUUACUACUUUAAACUUCAUGAAGAAGUCAACUCAUUUUAUAUCAGGAAGUGGUGAUUCAUAGAUUAUAAUAUGGUCUAUGAAUCAAAAUUGUUAAUGGAUUUGCUAAUACAAAUUAAAUGGACAUACUAGUUGGAUUUAUUGUUUAAUAUUGAACAAUAAUGAAGAUGUUAUGAUAUCUGGAAGUUAUGAUAAGACAAUUAAAUUUUGGUUUAAGUAGAAUGGAUGGAAAUGUUCAUAAACUAUUACAGAUCAUACUAAUUAUGUAUUAGGAUUAAGUUUGAAUGAGUAAUAGAAUAGACUGAUUUCUUGUGGAAGAGAUAAUUUAAUAUUAAUAAUAGAACAGUCAUCAUAGGAUUCAAAAUGGAAUGUAAUAUAAAAGAUAUAAGUUGAUACAUUUGGUAUAAGAUUAUGCUUUAUUAAUGAUAAUAUAUUCACGUUUUAACCUUAUUAUUAAUAGAAGAUGUAUAUUUAUGAGAUGAGUAAUACUAAUAAAUAGUAUUCAAAGACUAAAGAAAUAUCAGUUAAAUCUGAUUAUAAUGGAUGUUAUUAUUUUUUUCCUUAAUAAUAUAUAAAAUAGAAAUGUCUACUUGUGAAUAAGAAUGAUUCCUAUGUUAAUUUGAUAAGGAAGAACCAAAAUGGUGAAUUUAUAACACAAUAAUCUAUUAAUUUUGAAGAUAAUGGUAUUUAUGGAUAAAUGAGUG